CAACCCUCCGUUGAGCGAGGAGAUGCUGCCUCCCGGGGAAUGGAUGUGCCACCGCUGCACCGUGCGCCGGAAGAAGAGAGAGCAGAAGAAGGAGCUGGGUCACAUGAACGGCUUGGUGGACAAGUCCGGCAAGAGGACCUCGUCUCCCACCAGCGACGCCGACUACCUGGACCGGGCGGGUGGCGGGACCCUCCGGACCCUCCCCCACGCCCGGCUCUUGGAGCGCAGAGCCAGCCGGCCCGGCACCCCCACCUCCAACACCAGCACUGACACCCCCAACUCGGAGCAGAACGACGUGGACGAGGACAUCAUCGACGUGGACGAGGACUCGGCCCCCGGGGGGGAAGCCGAGGGGGGGCAGCCCCACCUGAAGCGGCCCUUCGAGCUGCUCAUCGCGGCCGCCAUGGAGAGGAACCCCACCCAGUUCCAGCUGCCCAACGAGCUCACCUGCACCACGGCCCUGCCAGGUACUAGCAAGCGGAGAAGAAAGGAAGAGACCUCCGGGAAGAACGUCAAGAAAGCACAACACGAGCUGGACCAUAACGGCCUGGUUCCCUUGCCGGUCAAAGUCUGCUUCACGUGCAGCAGGAGUUGCCGGGUGGCCCCCCUCAUCCAGUGCGACUACUGCCCUCUCCUGUUCCACAUGGACUGCCUGGAGCCCCCCCUCACGGCCAUGCCGCUGGGCAGGUGGAUGUGCCCCAACCACAUUGAGCACGUGGUGCUGAACCAGAAGAACAUGACGCUGAGCAACCGGUGCCAGGUGUUCGACCGCUUCCAGGACACCAUCUCUCAGCACGCGGUCAAGGUGGACUUCUUGAACCGGAUCCACAAGAAGCACCCUCCCAACCGCCGGGUGGUCCAGUCGGGGAAGAGGAAGGGCCUGAAGGUCCCGGAGGCCAUCAAGUCCCAGUACCGGAUCCCACCAGCAUUAAUGGCGCCGGCGGCCAUCCGAAACGGGGAGCUGAUCUGCAACGGGUUUUCCGAGGAGUCUUUGCUGAAGGCCCCCGGCAGCGCUUCCCAGCACUUAGCCGCCCAGGCUGAACAGCAAGAGUGGCUGUGCAGCAUCGUGGCCCUGCAGUGCAGCAUCCUCAAACACUUAUCGGCCAAGCAGCCCCCUUUUUCCUGGGACGUGGAGCAGCUGGAGAAAGGGGAUGUCAAGCCGGUGCUGGCGGCCGACGGCUCCCUGGCCAGUCCGUACCGCGUGGCGGACAAGCCCACCCUCCCUUCCAAUUGCCCGGCCUCUUGCCCCGCGGGGCUCAUCCCCCAGAACUCCUUGCAGGACGAGACCCCCUACCCCUCCUCCGCGGACAGGCCCAAGAAACUUUCCCCCUGCGGGACGCCCAAGAAACUUUCCCCCUGCGGGACGUCCAACGGCCUCGGCGGGGCCGCCGAGGUGAAAAUCAACGGCCCCAGCUUCUACGGCGAGGCCUCGGCGCCCACCUCCUCCAGGCUGAGCGGGCCGGGCGGGCCCAUGUCUCACCGGCAGCAGCCCUGGCCUCGGCCCACCACUCCCCCGGCGGCUUACGGGCUCGUCAACCACGUGGCUGGGGCGGUGGUGAAGACGGAGAACGCGGCGGGACCCGUCUCCUGCCCGCACAAGGUCGCCGUGCCCGUCGCCACCCUGCUGGCCUCCAUCCCCAGCUCUUGUUUCGGCCUGGAAGCUGCCACGGCGUGGCCACCGAAGAACACUCAGGCGCCAAUCGGGCCUCUGCUAGCCACGGAUCUGGGCGCGGCGGACUCUCCUGUCUCUUCCACGUGGGCCCUCACCCCCCACCAAGCGGCUGUAGGGGAGGGGGGCUCCGCCGUGGCCCCCGCCCAUGGUUUUUGUUCGUCAGCCCCACCUCCAGAUGGAAAGGUCAGCCCGGGUCCCCUUCCUGGUUUAGCCACCCCUUCCUCCCUCCCUUCCAAUUCUUCGGCUGCGGUGGACGUUGCAGGUCCCGUGAAGGCAUUAAUCGACGGCAGUGGAGAGAUCGAGAUCGGGAUGCUGGAUGAGAAACUGAUCAAGUUCCUGGCCUUGCAGAGAAUACACCAGCUCUUCGCCUCCAAAGCUCAGCCCGCAGCCGACCACAUGGGAAGCCCCCCGCCCACGUCUGCCAGCAGCCCUGCCGAAGGACAGAGGAAAGAGGUGCAGGCCCGGGCGGUCUUCUACCCACUGCUGGGCUCGGGCAGCGCGGUGAACAUGUGCUACAGGACCCUCUACAUCGGGACAGGAGCAGACAUGGACGUGUGCCUUACAAACUACGGUCACUGCAACUACGUCUCGGGCAAACACGCCUGCAUCUUCUACGAUGAGAACACCAAACAUUACGAGCUGCUCAACUACAGCGAGCACGGCACCACGGUGGACAACGUCCUGUACUCGUGCGACUUCUCCGAGAAGGCGGCGUUCAUCCCGCCCAGCAGCAUGGUUGCCAAAGUGCAGAGUGUGAUCAAGCGCCACAAGAGCCGGAAGCCGCCGGAGGAAGAACCGCCCGCCCCGCCGGCCAGCGCGGAGCCCGUCGCCAUGCGUGCCCAGGCCCAGGGCCAGCCUCAGCCCCCCUGCAGCUGCAGAGCCAGCAGCUCCAGCCUGAUCGGGGGCAGCGGGGCGGGCUGGGAGGGCACGGCCCUCCUGCACCACGGCAGCUACAUCAAGCUGGGCUGCCUGCAGUUCGUCUUCAGCAUCACGGAGUUUGCGACCAAACCGCCCAAGGUGGACGCCUCGGCCUUGGCCCAGGGGACGGACCUGGAGGACAAGCUGACCCCCAAGGGCCACCAGGCCCCCGUGCUCCGGUCCAAUUCAGUGCCAUAGGAGCCGUGGGGC